UAUGGAUGACUUUCCCAUGGUUUCAUAGGAGAAAAAGUGAAACAAGAAUGGAGCUUGAACUGGUAUCUUUGGAUCACUUCCACCAGCAUGAUUUGGUCUUCAGUGAAGAUCUAUUAAAUAACAGUGAUGGUGGGGAAAUCUUAUGUUUUGCGUGUUUGGAACCAGCGGGGUCGUUGGGUGCAACCUACAAUUGCAUCGAGUGUUAUUUCUUUCUCCACAAGUCUUGUGGAGAGCUUCCCAGUCAAAUCAAGCACCCCCUUCACCGCAAACAUAGUCUUGUUCUUCUCCCAAAUUCACCAUAUCCUCGCAUAUAUAGCUGUAAUUUUUGUGGCAUAUGGUCUAAAAACUAUGUCUACCGUUGUUCUCCUUGCGAUUACGACUUGCACCCCAAGUGUGCUCUGCUAUCGCGAUGCUUAAUUCAGCCGGAUAGUCAAAAUCAUCGAUUCACUGGCUUGAUGAGGUCAGAUCCAUUUACUUGCAAUUUCUGUGGCGUCUAUACGAACCAGUGGGCGCCUAAUAAAUUCGUCAUUCUUGAUCGCAGCCCUUCCUUAUGCACCGAGUGUCAUAUCGUUGUCCAUAGGAAAUGCAUCUCACUGUUACACUCACACACAAUCAAGAUACCACAACAUGAUCAUUCCCUCACCCACACUUACUUCAUUACUGAAAAUGAAUCAGUUGAUAUCAAGUGUAGAAUUUGUUCUGAGGAAGUGAACAGGGAAUUCGGAAGCUAUUGUUGUCAUGAAUGUCGAUUGGUUUGCCAUGUGAAUUGCUCACAAGGUAACAAAUUGUAUGACAGUUCAAAUUCAUUAGUACCACUAGACAAAUUAGACGAGGAGCUGAUCUGUUGGCCUCAGAUUGAGGACAACUUUAAGCUGGGAAAAGACAUGUUAGUCCAAGAGAUUGAUCAUUGUAGCCACGAACAUAGGUUAACUCUGCAGGUAGACGUAGAUUGUGAGGUUAAAAACAGUAGAACAUAUUGUGAUGGUUGCAUCCAACCCAUUUCUGCACCAUUCUACAGGUGUGAAAAAUGCGAUUUUAAUCUUCAUAAACUGUGCACUGAAUUACCUCCCAAGAUAAUUCACCCAUUACACCAAGAACAUCCCCUUACCCUUUUUUUAAAUCCAGAUGGCUUUUACCAUUGUUUUGGUUGUUCAAGAUAUUGCCACGGAUUCAUGUAUAGUUGUGGCAUUUGCCCGAAUUCGCUCAAAUUCGAUGUAAGAUGUGCUUUAGUUAAUCCAUUCAAGUUCAACCAUGAUGGUCAUCAGCACCCACUCAUUCUCACAAUCAAUUAUAAUACUAAUGCUGAUUGUGGCAACUGUAGUGCCUGUGGUACCACCCAUUUCCUCUACUUCCUCCAAUGCAACUUGUGUCCCUUCAGCUUGGACUACAGAUGCGCCACUCUACCUCAUACAGUCAAACACAAGUAUGAUGAUAAACAUCCUUUUGAGCUCACAUACCAGGCAAUCGAUGAUGGGUCCGAUGAGUAUUAUUGUGAUAUUUGUGAAGAAGAGAGAAGUCAACAUCAUUGGUAUUACUAUUGCGCCAAAUGUGACCAUGCUGCUCAUCCCGAAUGUGCUCUCGGUAUGGCGGCUUUCAUUAAGGGAGGACGACUUUGGGGAAGAGACAGUUCCGUUCAUCAUCACGAUCUCUUUUUUGAACGAAUGGAAAAUUACGGGCCUCCUUGUAGUUCAUGUGGUAAGAGAUGCUAUGAGAUGUCACUUGAAUGUCACGAGUUGGACUGCAAUUUUAGGCUUCAUUGGCACUGUAUGUUUAAGAAUGGUGUUUGGUUUUAAAGAAUAUCCUUAUUUUGAUAUUUGUCAAACAAGAAAGAGAUUCAUAUGUUUGGUUUCA